AUGCCAAUAGCGGGGGAAUUUGUUCCGUUAGCGUGCCGUAGAGACAACGACUAUGAAGAAAUUGAGAAGAAAUACAAGCAGGAAAUGAAGGACGAGCUCGGAUUGGAAGAAGAAGAUGCAGUUGAACCCGAAUCUGCUUCAGAGGAUGAAGAAUUGGAAGAACGUCAUCGGAGGGCUCUACAACGGCGUCAACAAAUUGAAGAGGAGGAGCUUAACAGAGUGGAGCAAGAAGAGCCUGAUGAAUAUGCUGAUGAGGAGAUUAUGCAAAGAAGACGUGAACUUAUUCGAAUGAGACGCCGUCGGCAAGAAGAACAGGAACUUUUGGCUCGUCAGAAAGAAACUGAAGAAGUCAGUGAGGAAGAAAGUGAAGAGGAGAGUUCUGAAGAGGAGGAAGAUGAAAGUGAUGAUGAGAUGAUUCCGCGUUUGAAACCUGUUUUUGUUCCAAAAAAUGACCGUGUAACUCUCGUUGAUGUAGACAAGGAACAAGAAGGUCUAGAAAAAUUAAGAAAAUUGCAAGUUGAAGAAAAACGUCGUCAAACAAUCAAAAUGGUUGAGGAGCAAAUGAAACAUGAAGCAGAAAUUGAAAAAGUUAAAAAAGAAGAAAGCGCGGCAAAAUUGGAUUUGGCAGCAAUAGAUACUGACGAUGAAAGUGAACAAAUAGCUUAUGAAAUGUGGAAAGUACGUGAAAUGAAAAGAUUGAGGAGAAAUCGGGACGAAAGAGAAGCAUUAGCUCGUGAAAAAGAAGAAAUGGAUCGAAUUCAUGGUAUGACAGAAGAAGAAAGGCGUGAAUAUAUGAGAUUACAUCCAAAGGUCAUAACAAACGAACAACGCAAAGGAAAAUACAAAUUUUUACAAAAAUACUACCACAGAGGAGUUUUCUUUCUUGAUAAAGAAGAUGAUGUUCUUAAAAGAAAUUUUGCUGAAGCAACGGGGGAAGAUGUUUUUGAUAAAUCUGUUUUGCCUAAAGUUAUGCAGGUUAAAAACUUUGGAAAAGCAAGUCGUACAAAAUGGACACAUUUAACUGCAGAAGAUACAACUGAUCAUCAAGGUGUUUGGGCAACACCAACACCUUUAAGUGCUAAAUUUGUAACUAAACAUGCAGCUGGGAUGAAACCUAUUUUUGAAAGGCCGAUAACUAAAAAAAGAAAAGUUGGGGAUUAA